AAUGAAACUGAAAGGGGUGAAGGUGUAGGAGGGCGGCAUGACUGAAAGACAGUUUGGUCUCCUGCAAGACACUUCUGUGCGUUGAACAUGACUAUGGAAAGCAGAGGCUUCUAUGUGCGAAUCGCCGUUUGAACAACGCAGGAAGUGAAACAAGGUAAGAAUAAAGCCCUUUGAGAAAAUGAGAAAAAAAAAGUGAUGACAUGAAAGUACCUAGAUGUUCGAGGUACAUACUCUGGUACAUGGGAGGAAUUGUUCGAGUGUUUGUCGCAGAGAUGUGACGCCAUUUGAAUUCACUGUACUUGUUCGCUCAAGUGCUGCUUAUUGGGUAGCGCGCUAACCAAUGAAGUAGAGGGAUGUUGACAAGUUACUACCCGUCGCAAGAAAGAUUGUGAUAUUGUGGCUGCAGAAAAUAGGGGAAAUGGAUGGAGAAUCCUCCCUCUACAUGUGUCCCUGCUACAAACUCUUCCAGUCACUGGAGGAGGUGCUCACUCACCAACUUACCUGCCAGACUGCCAACAACGACCUGGAUCUAAAUGCCAUAGCUCCCCCUCCUGCACAGGCUGAGUCUGCUGAAUUGUACCCAAGUGCUCCCUCUGGACUGCCCAGCCUGGACCAGGCUGGUCCCGAUCCACAUCACCUACCCCUGGACAGCCCGGUGGCGAUUGUUCUGGAUCAGGCGCUGGGCCAGAGCUGUCCCCCAGCGCUGCCCAGCUCGAUGGUGGCAGCCAAGCCCAACGGUCUGCUCGGCACUCAGCCUCCUCAGAGGGCCCUGAGGCAGCCCAGCUCGUCCAGUGCACCUGCGGCCCCGCUCAUCCGCUACCAGUGUGGCGAUUGCGGCCUCCUCUUUGAGUCUCUUACCCUGUGGCAGCAGCACAACAAGCUUGGCCUGUGCUGCCAUUCUGCCGGUAAGGAGCAGAAAACUGCCGGGAAGAUUGAGGAUGGAGAGAGAGCGCAGGAGUACGACGAUAAGAGCGACAGUGUCGAUAUUGCUGAGCCCAAUAUGAAGGUCGAAAGGAUGGAGGAGGGGGAUGGAAAGAGGGAAGUGAAGCUUGAGGGGAAAUUGGUGACCUUUGAACAUUCCUAUCAGGUGAAGGAGAGCGGGGUGGAGGGGAACACCAAGGACAAAGCAGACGGACAGCAACAAACCGCAUUGGUUCUAGAAUGUUCUCUAGACUCUAGCAGAACAACUAAAAUGGAAGCUGCCCCCCAAGCUGGUUCUGAGUCAUCCCCUUCAGCCUCAUUGGAGACCCAUGUCUCCUCGACUAUGGAGGAGAUAGACCGGACCUUCCUUUGUGUGUGCUGUGGAUCAGCUCUGGGCUCACUGGAGGCUCUGGCCAGCCACCGCAAGGCCCGCCAUGGCCUGGAGGGGGCGCUGCACUGCUGCCAGGUCUGUGGAAAAGAGUUUAUGAACACCACACUCUUCCUCUACCACCAACGGCAGCACAGGCAACCGACUUCACAGCCCACUGAGGCCUACUCAGCACAGGCUGGACUUGCCAGCCAAGGGACUGCCUCCCAAAUGAAGCCAAGAGAGGCAGAGAGAGGAGAGGCACUUGACACCAUGGAGACUGAGACCUGUUCAGAGGAGAACUCCCCGACUUUCGUCCUCCCCAAUCACAUCUAUAGCCUCCCCUCCCCCACGUCUCUCCCCGACAGCUGUCCAUCCGCAAGCGUGGAGCCGUGCCCCCACUGCGGCCAGACCUUCAAGCGCCGGUGCCACCUGCGCGCCCACAUGCAGUGCCACUCGGGCCACAAGCCACACCGCUGUGACCUCUGCCCCAAGGCUUUCGCCUACAAGAGCAACCUGGGCCGCCACCGCCACACGCACAGCGCGAUACGGUCCCAUGUGUGCCUGCGCUGCGGUCGUGGCUUCACCCAGGCCAGCUCGCUCAAGCAGCACGCCCUGCUCCACGAGCGCCAGGACGCCCAGCAGCACCAGAGAGAGGGGGGGAAGAAGGGUCAGGGGGAGGGGGUCUCGCUGGCGUACGCUUGCGCUGACUGCCCAUCCAGCUUCUGCACGCAAGCACAACUGCAGGUGCACAGGUACAAACACACUGGCAACUACUCCUGCUCCAUUUGUGGCCAGUCCUUUCUGCGCAAGAAGAGGUUGGAGCUGCAUGCCCUCAUACACCAAGGCAAGCAGCCGGUUCCCUGUCCCCGCUGCCCCGAGCAGUUCCUCAGCCACUCAGAGCUGGACGUUCACCUGCCCAUCUGCCCGAGGAAGACGUGCCCGGGCCCGGAUGGAGCCCAGGAUGGCACCGGGCUGACAGAGAGACGCGUGCGCAGGCGCAGGAGGGGCCAGUUGACCUGCGACCUCUGCGGCCACCGCUGCGUCACCCAACAGGGUCUGGACCUGCACAGACUCUCGCACGCGGGCCUAACACCACUGCGGUGCCCACGGCCGCCCUGCCGCCAGCGCUUCGCCUCCGCGGCGGCGCUGCAGGAGCACCUGCUCACCCACGACGCCUCGCCCGUCGACGCCGCCGCGGCGGAUGAAACCUCUGCCAAUGCCGGCGCUGCCAAGCUGCGGCCAUACCACUGCCAGCACUGCGGGAAAGACUUCACCACCGCCUCCUCCCUCAGCGUGCACCUUCGCAUCCAUACGGGGGAGCGGCCCUUCCAGUGUCCCCAGUGCGGCAAGUGCUUCCGGCAGAUUCCGCACCUGCGCGACCACGAACGCCUGCACAGUGGCGAACGUCCGUUCGUGUGCAGCCUGUGUGGGCGCAGCUUCGUGCUGGCGGCACGUCUGGCUGAACACGCCCGUACCCACAGCGGUGAGAAGCCCUACUCCUGCCCGCUGUGCCCGCGCACCUUCCGCUCCCUUUCAAACCUGGGCAAGCACCGCAAGACCCACGCCAGGGCGCCUGCCGGAUCCACCCUCGCCCGUCAGCUGGGUACGGGGAGCAGGGUGGUGGGUCCCCAGGGGGAGGCCCAUGCCCUGAUUCUCCCCGCGAUGGGCGAGGGCCAGGCGGCGGUGCACACCAUCCUCCUGCUCCACUCCCAGCCAGGGUCACCCCCCGCGUUCACCACUCUUCCUCUGGGGGAGUCCUCCUCAUCGUCCCCUUCCCCCUCCCUCUCCUCCUCCACGCCCUCGCCCUCCACUCCGCUGGUGCUCUUGCACCCUUCUGUUGCCCUCGGUGACGGGCAUCAUGGGCAGCUGGGUCCUGUCGUGUCACAUGCCAUGGAGGUCAUUGUCACGGAGACAGGCGAGUAGAGAGAGGAGCAUAUUGGGAGUCAUUUUGGGAAGAGAGAGAGAGAGAGGGAGAGAGAGGAAGACAUAGAGAGCGAGAGUGAGAGGAAGAUGGAAAGAAACAGCGAGUGUGUAAAAAAGAGAGACAGAACAUGGUGUCAGAAGAGAUGAUGCAUUGACUGGGAAGACAGGAAUAGAGAAAUGAAGAUGGAGAGAGAGUGAGAGGGUGGUGGGGAGAGCUAGAUAGAGAGAUGGAGAGGGGGAGUGCAAAAGAGAGCGUUGAAGGGAGGAGAGGUAAAAAGGUACUGUUAGGGGGAGGGAUGAGUUAUGGGGCAGAUCAGCAAUGGCGGAGAAAAAGGAGAGAUUUACACAUGGCCAGAGACAGAGAUAGGUUGUUGGAGGUCAAAGGUCAGAUACAAGGAGAGAAAGCUGAAAGGUUUUCAGCUUAAGGUUACAGCACAAAGAGAAAGUUCCUGAAUGUGACAAAAAAAUGUAAAUGAAUAGCUUAAUGGACGCUGCUGAAACUGAAGCCGAGAGGCAUAAUUGAAAUAUAAUUGAGCAGGUGUACAGUCUAAUGUAUGAAGUGUCUUGAAAUAAAAAGAGUUUUACUUUUGA